CACAGAAAUCCAGCAGAAUUCUGCCAUUGACAACAACACAAUUGAAUUCAUCACACCGAGUACCGUGGAUGAGUCUAAAGGGGUCCACACUUUUUUGCACAUUAUAAAACUUGCCAGUUUUCGUGUCAUUUAUGAUCCCGUCUUCCCAAGUACACGAACCCAACGAAUUCGGCCUACGAACAAGCAUGUCCGCCAGUACUAGUUUUUCGAUUCAGUACACUCCUUCUAUGUCGGAAAACGCACUCUCCCGUACAGGUUCUCAAAUUAUAGGAGAGUCUAGUCAGGAUGCGUCGUUUGGCGGACGAACUCAGAGUGUGACCACACUCGAUUGCCCAACAUCGGAAAUGUCGAGAGAACCCCCAAUGGAGCCGGAAGAACCACCAUCUCGCUCAUCAGCUCCUUCUCCUGCACCCACCGAAAUCAUCCCCCUGGACCUCACACAAGAGGAAAUCGUAGAAGACAUCCAGACAAUGGGAAUCAAAGUUCGCGAUUUUGCACACGAGGCCGUUCCCAUUCCGCAGCGCGCGUUCGAGCUCUUUGAUCCUCUACAGGCAUGGAACACGUACGAAACUGUAAUUUCACAUCCCUCUUUGAUGCGGCCAUGCUUGCCAGGGAAAAUAACGCGUCGCUUGCUUGACAUUGGCUGGAUUAAGAAAGAAGAGGAAGAGGGGCGAUGGAGUGAUAAGGACAGGGAAGCACUUGGAGACUAUGACAAACGACCGCAUUAUCCAUGGCGCGCAUACGACCUUCCCAAACCAAAGCGGGACGCGCUUAAUAAGACGUGGAGAACGAGAUUUCAAGAGCUUACCGCUGAACAAAUGAUGGCGACAAUUGCCAAACCCUUUUCACGCUUAAGGGCGCCCUUCGAGUUUGGCGGGAACGGAGAUAAAAAGCGUGGUGCAACUGAUGAACAAGAUGUGCAGGAUGGAGAUCUUUCACCGCGGACAAAAAAGCGACGGUUGGAGCAGCAAGACUCAGCGUCCCUUGCACCAAUGCCGAGUCAACCACCUGUCCUAAUCAACGGUCGGCCACCCCAACAAUACCCAGCUGGCAAUCCUGCAGAAAUGCAGCAGCCAUCAUCCUCAUUUCAACCGACUUCUACUCGUACGCUUCAGCGCGUAUCGUCCUAAAAUAAUCUACGCCGAGGUGGAUAGCCCACAACGAUUCUCACCGCGUUAACUUCCCUUUCGUUCACCUGUUUUUUUUUCGAUAAUAAUUGCCACUACGCGUCACAAAGUAAUGUUGUGACUGUACUGAUAUCUUUUUACCUGCUUGAGAUGAGGUAUCUCUGGAGAUUGUAGCAUUACUGUCGAGUUAGCUGUACUCCGUGUUCCUUGUAAUUUUUCGCUCUAUUUACUUUCUAAAUUCCAUUGUUUUCCAAGUGAAAA